AUGGCGACUCACUGCGCGCAAGUUGAGACGACCACGUCCAUGAAGGGACUCCGGCGAGCCUACAAGGUGCUACUCAAUGAUUACAAAAUCAUCCGGCUACACCAAGCCGAAGCGGCAGCACUGCCUGCCGGCGCACCGCCGCUCGCACCACUCACGCUCGACGCCCACCCAUCACUGGGUCCGGAGCUCACCGAAUUGCUCGCGGACAACCGCUCGACGGAAGAGGAGACUGCGAAGUCCAUCCGCAUCGGCGUCGAUGAAUUGAUCCACUUGGAGAAGAUGUCCAUCGCGCGCUCAUGUGCGCUGGUCUACGCCUCCUUGUCACUCACGGUCCAUCGUGAUGCCUCUUCGGGAUUCGCGAUGAAUGUGUGCAUUGCAUCAUUUCGUCGCUUCCGCGGAAUUUUGCCAGCGACGAACAAAAACAUGCAACUGCCAUCUCCCCUUCGACAAGAUACGAACGGCAUGGAGAAGCUAGAAGGGCGACCCCUCAGCGAUAGCCACUUAGCCUCGGCCCUCCUAGCGGCACUACCAGAGUGCAUCGCUCCAAACCUGUUUGUAUGGCGGGGCGCUCAGUCGAACAUCCCUUAUAAGAACAUUCGCCAGUUGCGUGAGAAACACUGGCAAGGCUUGGUCACCAAGUACCCGCACUACCUCAGCCCAGCGCCGAUCGCAGCGGCUGCACCGGUGCAUGGCUCGGCAACCGCGACCGCGACAACGGUUCUAGCGCAUUGGCACUUCCGGCCUUUCGCGAUGGCGCAAGCCAGCGAGACGGCUACGGACAAGCGGCCGCCACACCCUGGGGCACCCAAGGCCAAGACCCCAUGGCGGAUUGGUGUGCUCUCCCGUGCGUUCCACCAGAACGCGGUGCGUCAGGAUUUUGUGUUUCCGCCAGGAUGGGCUGCCAUCCCACCUCCGGUGGCAAACGCCACCGCAAAGGCGGCGGGCGUGGUGGAGGAACCGAUACAUCCUUCCUCAACACCUUUGGCCAAGGCUACGCAUCCAGCGGUCAACCCGGUUACCAGCAUGGGACAAGGCGGCCAUGCCAGCUUGGACUACGGCGUUUAUCGCGACGAUCACGUGGCUAUAGCCCGUUUCGUCAGUCAGCCUCCCGCUAUCGCAGUUCGCUCAGGUGACAGGUACCGCGACAACAGCGAAGACCGCGUCUAUUGCCGCAACGACCGCGGGCCUUUUCCUGACGACAGCGGCGCCAACCAAAACGACCAGCGCCACCGCAGCCGCAGGGCGCCGCGGCUACGCCCAACAGGCAUCCACCCCCCAGCGCAUCCAAAGCCGCAGUGCGUCGCGCGGCACUGCCCCUACGUUAGUGUCGCAGAACACACGUCAACAACGUGA